AUGUCGUCGUACCAAGAACAGUGGUCGGAAGGUGCGCGCCAGCGGGCGCAGCGCAAAAACGAGAUCCAUGCAGAGCUGAGGCAAAUGAGAGAGGAGGCCAUCUCGGCGAAUGUUGCCAGAAACUUUAGGCAUGCAGCGAGCCACGUUGUCGACCCCUCUACCGAGCAAGAGGUGAACCAGAGAUGGCUUGAGGCUAGCGAGCGGAAGGCAGCGGCCCAGCGUGAACGACACUGGGACCAGCUCCAGAGCGAGCUGAGGGAGAUCCACAAGACAGACCGACUUGAGGCCUUCAAUCUCAUUCAGCGCCUCAAUGGGGCCGGCCGUCGGGGAGAGGACCAGGCCGACCUUGGCCGUCAGCUGCAAAGCUCCCGAUCUGAGGCCGUCGACUCAGACGAUGAGGAAGGCCCGAUGGCAACAGCUUCCCAACCUAACGGCAGCCUCCAGCCCAUUACUUCCGUUUCUCUACCGGGUGUAACUGUCGGAGCUAUGGUCUACCCGGAAGAGGUUGGCGGAUCAGACGCAGGUGACGAACGCGACCUGGGCGAACCAGAUGAGUCGGACCAGCUCGAUAGCUUAAACGAGCACGACAGAUUAUACCCAUCAGAAGCUUCAGACGGGCCUCUGCCGGAAAUAAGAUGGGUAUCGCAGAAGUAUCUGCAUGAACAGGGCCUCAUGGGCAGAGGAAUAUACGACCGUGUCUACCGCAGCAGCGUAACUGACGCGCUAUACUUUCUAAACCACAUGGGUGAGAAGAUCUGGUUGACAGACGCAAAGGGAGACUGCGUGCUUGCCCAAGGUCAGGACUUGUAA